UGUAUUUCUUUAUUAAAACAUAGGGAUGAGAUUGUUCGUCAUUUAUCAAUUUUACGUGAUAAUGUUUCCAUAGUAGAAAAAGCUCUUAGUAAUAAAAUAUAUAAUAAAAAGGAAAAUCCGGCUAGAUUAGAAUCAAAUUUGGCACUUCUUAAAUAUUAUGCAUUGCUUCUAGAGAAAAAGCUAAGUAACGUUCAAGGUGGUGGAUUAGGUAAUGGUAAUGUGCGUCCUCUAAUCUGGCGCUCAGUGCACUCCUGUUUUAAAUCUCGCCUUUUAACUGGUAUAAUUGUGAAUUUCGAAUACAAAGACCCGUUAAUUUUUUUGCAAAAGGCUUACGAUAUUUUCACUGAAAAGGUAAGCGUUAUGUCACGUAAGUCAAUGUUAAAAGUAAACGUCGCUCUUGUAUGUAGUUUCAUUAAUCCUCAAAAUCUCGAUGUCACUUUGAAAACGUUCGCAACGAAAAAUUUGAUUAUUGACGGGGGAACUGAUUUGCGCGAGUGUUAUGUCAAUGAAGUGAUCGAUAGGUUACAGAAUAAGCUUUCAUUAUAUCAGGAAGAAGGGUCCGGGUUCGCUUUACAGGAAAUACACAAUUUAAAAGUAAACAUAAACAAAUACGUUCCCAUAAGGGGCGGUAUUUCAACUUUCAUUAAAACGCCAGAAUUUAUCGCUCGAAAGCAUGCGGUUAUUAAUGUAAAAAAUAAUGACGAAUUUUGCUUUCUUUGGGCAAUAGUUUCGGCUUUGUAUCCGGCGAACAAUCAUGUAGAUAGGGUGUCAAAAUAUCCUCAUUUCGAUACCGUGUUAAAUCGUGGCAAUAUUCAAUUCCCCAUUAAGCUUAAUGAUGUAAAGAAGUUUGAGAAAUUGAACAAUCUCUCUAUUAAUUUGUACUGUGUCGAAAAGCAGCGUGUUAUGCCAUUCAUGGUGAGUAGCAACCGCAAUGCUCCUCGCACCGUAAAUUUAUUAGUAUUAUCUUCCAAAGACAGUCCGCGAACUCAUUACCAUUUUGCUUGGAUUAAAAAUAUGUCGGCCUUAUUAUCUUCGCAACUAUCGAAGUGGGGUCAUAAGAAAUUUUUUUGCAAUGUAUGCUUAAACCAUUUCUCCUCCAGCGCCCUUCUUGCGAAACACUCUACCUACUGUCAGCAAAUAAACGAGUGCGCUGCUAGGGUACCAAACGAAACAGAGAAAUAUUUAGAAUUUGCGCAUUACGCGUACAAGGAGAAGGUCCCGUUCGCUAUUUACGCUGACCUUGAAAGCAUUCUAGUUAAAUGCGAUGGCGAUCUUGGCAACUACGAUGAUUGUACGAAAUUAUUCCAGAAACACAUACCCUUUAGUAUCGCGUUCUAUCUGAAAUGUUCAUACGAUGAGUCUCUUUCAACAUUUUCAUUGUACCGGGGCGCAGACUGCAUUCAAUGGUUUAUUAAACAAUUAGGGGACAUUGCAGUUUGGACGAAUACAAUUUUUAACAACCCAGUUCCCAUGGAGACGAUGAGUGAUGAACAGCGCAAAGAUUUCGAGAAUGCCACGCACUGUCACAUUUGUGAAAAACCUUUCGUGGAUGGGGACAUUCGCUGUAGGGACCAUAAUCAUAAGGGCAGAGGUCUGUAUAGGGGCGCUUCACACUCUCGGUGCAACAUAAACUACCAAGAUAGCACCGUAAUUCCCGUCGUAUUUCAUAAUCUAAGCGGUUACGAUGCGCAUUUUUUUAUUCGAGAACUAUCCACUGGUUUACCGGGCCACAUAACAUUGCUCCCAUUAAACAAAGAAAAGUACAUCUCUUUUACAAAAUACGUGGACAAUACAAAAAUUUCUUUUCGAUUUAUCGACUCGUUCCGAUUUAUGAGUAGUAGUAUUGAUAAAUUAUCAGCGUACUUGGGUGACGAACAGAAAACUAUCACUAAAUCCUAUAGUCGUAACGACACCGAGUUCAAUCUGCUAACGAGAAAAGGUGUUUUCCCCUACGAAUAUUUGGAUUGUUGGGAAAAGCUAGAUGAGACCGCUUUACCGCCAAAGGAUGCAUUUUUUAGUCAUUUACAUAACGAGGACAUUACUGACGAAGAGUACGAGCACGCUUCAAACGUGUGGCGCGUAUUUUCCAUUCAAACCUUAGGUCAAUACUCCGAUCCUUACUUAAAAACGGACGUGCUUCUUUUGGCCGAUAUUUUCGAAACUUUCCGAAUCACUUGCAUGCAAACGUAUCAGCUGGAUCCUUUGCACUAUUACACGGCUCCAGGGCUCGCAUUUGACGCCAUGUUAAAAAUUACGGGUGUUAAACUGGAACUUUUAACCGAUAUCGAUCAAAUUCUUUUCAUCGAGAGUGGAACUCGAGGCGGUGUAACUCAGUGUAGUACUCGAUAUGCUAAAGCGAACAAUAAAUAUAUGUUAAGCGGAUACGAUCCCAACCUCCCUACGAACUACUUAAUGUACUUGGACGUAAACUCGCUUUAUGGGCGCACAAUGUGUGAGCCGCUUCCAUGCGGAGAAUUUUCGUUUGUAGAAAACUUUGAAACGCUAGACAUAUUAAAUCAUCCAGACGAUUCGGACAUUGGCUACAUUCUAGAAUGCGAUUUUGACUAUCCCAAUCAUAUUCAUAAGACCCACAGUCAGCUGCCAUUGGCUCCCGAACAUAGAAUUCCCCCAGGCUCGAAAUUAAAGAAACUAUUGCUGACAUUAUACGCGAAACGUAACUACGUCGUCCAUUAUCGGAAUUUAAAGUUGUACGUCCGACACGGAUUAAAAUUAGUGAAAAUACAUCACGUCUUACGUUUCAAGCAAUCGCCGUGGCUACGUACGUACGUUGAUUUAAAUGCGACCAUGAGAAAGCAAGCAAAAAACGAAUUCGAAAUACACUUUUUCAAAUUGAUGGGUCAACAGUGUGUUUGGGAAAUUAAUGGGGAACGUAAGGAAAUAUAAAGAUGUACGUCUCGUAUCUCGCUACGAGGGAAGAUAUGGAGCAAUGGCGUGCAUUGCAAAACCAAAUUUUCAUAGUUGCACCUUAUUUGAUAACGAUAUGGUCAUUAUUGAAAUGAAUCGAUUAGAGGUGUUCCUCAACAAACCGAUAUAUGUGGGUUUUGCGGUUCUAGACAUUUCCAAAACGUUCCUUUACAAUUUCCAUUACGAUUACGUACUGCCUAAAUUCCAAAAUAACGCUAAACUCUUAUACACCGAUACCGACAGUCUGAUUUACUCGUUCACCAACGUACCCGACAUAUACGAGUCGAUGAUAAAGGAGGAUAUACAUCUAUUCGAUACGUCCAGUUAUGAGCGCGAUAACGUUUUUGGAAUACCGCUAGUGAAUAAAAAGGUUCCCGGUCUAAUGAAGGACGAAAGCAAUGGCAAAAUUAUGCUGGAAUUUGUUGGUCUUCGCGCUAAAAUGUACGCUUAUCGCGUAGAUACAAAAGAUGUAGUUAAAAAAUCUAAGGGAUCAACUGCAGCGAGUAUUAAGACAAUCACCAUAGAUGAUUACAAGAACUCACUGUUUAAUGCCGACAUUAUAAAGAGUCAUCAGCACCUCAUCAGAUCGAAAAAGCAUUCUGUAUUUACAAUCAAACAGAAUAAAGUGGUCCUUAGUCCGCACGACGAUAAGCGGAUUAUUCAACCAGACUGCAUUAACACUCUUCCUUGGGGCUACGAGCAGCUGUAAGCUGAACCAGUGCAACGAUCCAGGAGCUUUCAUUGUAAAUAUCUAUUUAUCAAAUGUAUAUUUAUGGAAAAUAAAAUAGCACCUGC